GCGAGCAGACGCACACCUCACUAGCUUACUUAGCUUUCGCACCGAGGAUUCCCAAGCUUUUCAGGUCAAUGGCGAGCAUGGAGGUAGCCAAGCCGGGGUCGUCCAAGCGGAUGUCACCAAAGGGGAGCUUCAAGCUGAGCCUGCUUGCAUGCGGCCAGUGCAAGGCCACCACCGUGUCGCCCCCGGACUCCCCCACCGGCGCCGGCGCGCGGUCGCUGUCUUCCUCGGCGUCGUCCUCCGCGGGGACGUCCCGCGACCGCCAGGCGGAACUCCGGGAGAUCUUCCGUCACUUCGACCGCGACAUGGACGGCCGGAUCUCGGGCCGGGAGCUGGGCGAGUUCUUCGCGUCCAUGGGCGACGGCGGCGCCAAAGCCGCGCUGGAGCUGGACGCGGCCGGCGGCGGCGACCUCAUGCUGGGGUUCGAGGACUUCGUGAGGAUCGUGGAGCGGAAGGGCGGGGAGGAGGAGGAGCGCGAGGACCUGCGGCGCGCGUUCGAGGCCUUCGAGGCGGUCAAGGGCUCCGGCCGGAUUACGCCGCGCGGCCUGCAGCGCGUGCUCAGCCAGCUCGGCGACGACCCGUCCGUCGCCGAGUGCGAGGCCAUGAUACGCGCCUACGACGACGACGGCGACGGCGAGCUCGAUUUCCACGACUUCCAUCGCAUGAUGAACCAUGACUAGCUGCGUGCGGCGCGGCUUCGCGUGUGGAGCUAGUCAUCCGUGUGUUUCCAGUUUCUGCGUGAGUGUUUUUCUUUUUUGCAGCGCGUGUGUGUGUAUGGCGCCAGUUUGAACGUUCUAUGCUGUUUAGGUGUUUGUGCUUUACUUUUACAUGCUCUCAAAAAAUGCGAAUUGUUUUGGUGC